AUGAGACGAAACUUGACUCAGCCUAUGCCUUCAAUCAACUUGGUGGAUGGUGACGAACAUGAAAGUUUCAACUAUCAGCAAUUAAAUCAAGAGAACCCACAAUCACCAGUCAACCCAUUUGAAGUGGAGCAAAACCAAAUAUCUGAGCAGUAUGGUUACGACUAUUCGCCACCGCAUCUGAACUUGACUGAUUCAGAUUCGUUUUACUUUCAACGUAAUAGUAACAAUGAGGGGAGUAAUAGAUGUAAUGAUUUCCAAGCUCAGGAACAGAACCAGUAUCAAAAUGAUCAACGACAGUUUCUUACAUACAACCAGUGUACACAAUCCCGAGGGUACCCCGAUUCAAAUGAUUCACAAUCGCUCUACUCAUCUCAAUCUCCCAUAUUACCUGGAGAUCGAACGUUCCGACCAUUACUUGGGACCAGCAGAGAUAAUAGAGGCAGCAGAAGUAGUAGCGCUCCAUCUCCAGUGCCCCGACCAAGACCUGGCCUGGAGUUACUUGUAACUACGCCAACAACAAUCCCAGCAUAUGACCGGUACCCUAAACAGUACACCAGCUCGGCACAAUUAUCAACUACAAGUUUACUUUACGACGACGAUGGUAACAAUUCAUCAUAUUCGCCGUCUUAUGAACAUGAAUUCUCCCCAUUUGGUGGAUACCCUGCCAGUCAAUUCCCCCUAAGCAUCGAUGAAAAAGAACCUGAUGAUUAUUUACAUAAUCCUGAUCCUGUAUUGGAUUCAGAUUAUAAUCGCCAUCGCUUCAUGUAUGAUUUGAAACACAUGGAUGGACGAUCAUUUAAUGGGAUGUUGGCAAUAAUUGUUAUGGUGUUGGCAGCAAUUGGUGUGUUUAUUGUGUUGCCAGUGUUGACUUUUACAAAUUCAAACCCAAAGCCAGUACCACAAGUUUAUGAAGUCUUGACAAAUUAUGAAUAUCCCAUGUUGAGUGCUAUACGUCAGGACCUUAUUGAUCCUGAUACUCCUGAAUCUGCAUUGACCAAUGUGGGACAAGAUGGUAAAACCUGGAAAUUGGUAUUCAGUGAUGAGUUUAACGCUGAAGGUAGAACUUUUUACGAUGGCGACGAUCAAUUCUUUACUUCUCCUAAUUUCCAUUACGCUGCAACUCAAGAUUUAGAAUGGUACGAUCCUGAUGCAGUCAUUACUGCUAAUGGAACUUUGGAACUAACUAUGGAAGCUUUCAAGAACCACGACUUGUUCUAUCGUUCAGGGAUGGUUCAAUCGUGGAAUAAAAUGUGUUUUACUCAAGGUAAAUUGGAAUUCUCAGCGCUGUUGCCGGGAUAUGGAAACUUAUCCGGUCUAUGGCCAGGUCUAUGGUCAAUGGGAAACCUAGGGCGACCUGGCUACUUGGCCACCACUGAAGGUGUAUGGCCCUAUACUUACGAUACAUGUGAUGCCGGUAUCACGCCCAAUCAAUCCUCACCCGAUGGGAUUUCCUACCUACCAGGACAAAGGCUAAACAAAUGUACCUGUCCUGGUGAAUCACAUCCAAACCCUGGUGUCGGAAGAGGAGCACCGGAAAUCGAUGCGUUGGAAGGUGAGAUUCAUGGUAUCAUUGGACGAGUGUCUCAAUCGUUGCAAAUUGCUCCCUAUGACAUUUGGUACAUGCCCGAUUACGACUUCAUUGAGAUUUACAAUGCAUCAGUGACAUUGAUGAACACAUAUGCUGGUGGACCGUUCCAGCAGGCAAUUUCAGGAGUCACAAUGUUGAAUACUACUUGGUAUCAAUUUGGUCAAGACUCGGGCCGAUUCCAAAAAUUCGGCUACGAGUACUUGAACGAUGAUGCCACUGGAUACAUCACUUGGUUUGUCGGUGACGAUGCUACAUUUUCCAUGAAGUCAACUGCCUUGCAUCCUAAUGGGAAUGUUGGUUGGAGACAAAUACCAAAAGAACCCAUUAGCAUCAUUAUGAAUCUAGGCAUCUCAAAUUCAUGGGCCUAUAUCGAUUGGCCAAGUUUGGUAUUUCCUAGCAAAAUGAGAGUGGAUUAUGUACGAGUUUAUCAACCAGAAGAUGCUGUUAAUGUGGGGUGCGAUCCUCAAGACUAUCCAACUUACGAUUACAUUCAAGACCAUUUGAACAUUUAUCAAAAUAUGAAUUUAACAAGUUUUGAAGAUGGUGGAUACAAGUUUCCAAAGAAUAAGCUUACAGGGUGUUGA